UUACGUCAAUCACGGUUACAUCAUAGUGGAAAGAUAUAUAUACUUAGUUGAUAACGUUCUUGUGCGCAGUGCGAGAACAGACCUUCAAAACGGCAGACCAGAGUGGAGGAGUCUGUACAGAAAUCCAACACAAGUAUCAGCUGAUGUAUGUUAUAUAAAAAAAAUAUAUAGCAUGCUUGCUUGACAACAGGUUAUAUUUUGUUGAAAUUUUUGGAAACUCUCAAGUUAAAGUUGCGGAAUCGUGAAGAAAAUCCACACUUGAGGAUUAUAUGUUAAUCUGACUUGCACGCAAUCGUCCAAUAUAUAUCCAGAAUAUAUAAAAUAGUACAGUCAAAACAAUGGAAAGCGUACAUCCAUUGCACGAAGCACUGGAACCGCUGGCCUGGCUAAAGGGAACGUGGAGAACGGAGAAUCUGGGCCACGGCAAAUACCCGACGGUGAAAGACUUUAGCUAUUACGACGAGCUGAGCUUCGCGUCUGUCGGGCAACCCAUGUUCAAUUUUACCGCGCAGAGCUUUUCCUCGGAUUUGAAGAAGCCGAUGCAUCGGGAAACGGGCUUCCUGAGAGUGACCCCGGGAACUAAUCAACUAACCUUUAUCGUGGCACAUAUGCCGUUUGGUAUGGCAUCCAUCGAGUAUGGCGAGAUAACCGACAAGAGUAUCAAUUUGAACGGCACUGUAAUUAGUGAAAAAGAGGCAACGUGGCCCCGUAUAACACAGAUACGCAGGGAAUUUACACUCCACGAUAAUUGUCUGGAGUAUGUGUUUUACAUGGCGACGUCGAAAACCCCAGAGCUGACCGAACAUUUACGGGGAAAGUACGUGAAAGUGAGCGAGGAGGCAUAAAGGGAACGUGAAAUGCGUAUUAAGUGAUUGGAUUUUACUACAGGUAUACGUUUACGAUUUUACUGUUACUUCAUUUUUUGUUAUUAAAUAUUGUAAUUUUGUAAGCGCCAUGCGUGAAUAAAAUUUAGAGGGGUACGCAGAA